UCAACUUGCUGGGAACUAGUUGAAGUGGAGCAGGACAGUUCCCUGUCACAGUGUAUAGGAGGCAGCCAGUGAGGGCUCCAGCAGCAUGGUGGCCCCCAGCGCCUGUGCCCACAAGCUCCUGUCCUUCUUCCCCUUCCUGCUCGUCCUGUUUGAUCUGCAGUAUGAAGGUGUGGAAAGCGGAAUAAAUGCAGACGUUGACAAGCACCUUGAAAUGGGGAAGAAGUUGUUAGCUGCCGGGCAGCUUGCUGAUGCUUUAUCACAUUUUCAUUCAGCCAUUGAUGGAGAUCCAGAUAACUACCAGGCAUACUACAGAAGAGCAACAGCGUACCUGGCCAUGGGCAAAUCUAAAGCCGCAAUCCCUGAUUUAAGUCGAGUGAUUGAGCUGAAACCAGACUUCACAUCAGCAAGAUUACAGAGAGGACAGUUACUGCUGAAACAAGGGAAAUUGGAUGAAGCAGAGGAGGACUUUAAAAGAGUGCUGAAGUCUAACCCCAGUGAUCAAGAGGAGAAAGAAGCUACGUCACAACUGGCAAAGUCAGAUGAAAUUCAACGCACGCGUUCACAAGGAAUUGCAGCCUACAACCAAAAAGAUUACACAACUGCAGAAAGCUUGCUCAACAUUGUCUUGGAGACUUGUGUAUGGGAUGCAGAAAUUCGAGAGCUGCGGGCAGAAUGCUACAUCAAUCAAGGAGAGCCCAGGAAAGCCAUCAGUGACCUGAAAGCUGCCUCCAAACUAAAGAGUGAUAAUACAGUAGCCUUCUACAAAAGUCAGCCGCAUAUAUUAUAA